AUUCAGCCCGUAGUCGUUUUGUCAGCAAAAGUUGCAGUGUGUUAACUUAGCCUUAAGUGUUGUGUUUAUUUGCGAUGGCUGUGUGUAUUUCAAUAAUUGGUAAAGAUAACGCUCCACUCUACCUGACUACUACCGAUUUGGACAAAGAAUUGGAGUUGCAGUAUCGUGUUCAUGCAGCUCUUGACGUCGUAGAAGAAAAAUGUCAACCUGUGAGUAAGGGUACACCAGACUCAAAAGAGCUCUAUUUGGGUUUACUGUACUCGACAGAGACACAUAAAAUCUAUGGGUUUGUGACAAACACCAAAAUCAAAUUUGUUAUUGUUGUGGACUCGGGAAACAUUGCAUUGCGAGAGAAUGAAGUGCGAGCUAUGUUUAGAAAUUUGCAUAUGCUGUACACAGAUGCAGUUUGCAAUCCAUUCUAUGCGCCAGGUGAACCGCUAACUUCAGUAAAAUUCGAUCGCGCAGUUCAAAAAAUUAUGGGCGGCAAUGCUUAAUUGAAUCCAUUUCGUUAUUAUUUUAUUCGGUAUUUAUUUAUUCUUGUGUACAAUAACCAAACAAAAUACAGCAGUUGUAUACAAAACAA